AUGAUGUUUGAAACCAAAGCAGAUGAUCAAGCUAUAGAACCGUAUAUAAAUGAAAAUGUUGACAUACAUGAUUUUGUGGAAGCAACAUAUGAAUCUGAAGAACUUAACGAUUUCGGAGUGAACAUUGAAUUUGACGAAGAUGAUGUUAAUGAUGAAAGGAUAUUGGGAAAGUUUUUUGAUACACCCAAUGAUGCCUAUACAUUUUAUAAUCAUUAUUCUUUUUUGCAUGGCUUUGAUAUAUGUAAGCAACAAAGAAAGUUUCAAACUGAUGGACAAAAUACUUCAAGUGAAAAUGAGAAAAAAAUUCGUAGAGAUGUUAGAACCGGAUGUCUAGAAAAGGUUCGAAUAACAAGACAGGAGGAUGGGAAGUGGUUGGUGGACUCGUUUAAUGACACACACAAUCACGACUUGACCAUGACAACUACGAAGGUGAUGAAGCGUCGAUCUCAUAGCAAUUUCCACCGUUCAAUAGAAGGUAAAUCUCUUGUGGUGAAAUUUGGUCAAGCAGGGUUGAAACCUUCUCAGAUUAAAAAGGUUGUUAAUACAAUGAAAAUCUCAAAUGUAGCUGAUGUAACUUCAAAUCAAUGUGUUGAUGUCUUAUUUGAGCAUCGAAAACAACAUAGAGGAAAGGAGUUCUAUGGACUUAUAAAACAUUUUCAAGAUAAAACAUUAGUUGACAGUGACCAGUAUUUUGUCGUGGAUUUGUCUGAUGAUGGGUAUCCUAGAAAUAUCUUUUGGGUUGAUGGUAGAUCAAGAAAUGCUUAUCCAAAAUUUAGAGAUGUUUUUUUGUUUGAUGUCACUUAUAUGAGUAACUAA